CCGCCCUGCGCUCAGUGCCCGCGCCCCAGCCGCCGCCGCCGCCGCCGCGUGGGGACCACACGCCCGCGGGGGUGCUGGGCUCCCGGCGCGGGACCCCGCCUUCCCCAGCCCGCCGUCGACUCCCGGGGAAGGCUCCUAGGAGGAGACGGGAGCUGCUUCAAUAGGACUCUGACAUUGGGCGAAAGUGGUAGGCGGCUUUCCUGUCUGCAAAGCACUGAGAUCAGCGUCGGAACACUCUCUUUCGACUUCGACAUGGCGUCCUCCAAGAAGGUCACCCUGUCAGUGCUGAGCCGGGAGCAGUCGGAAGGGGUUGGAGCGAGGGUCCGCAGAAGCAUUGGCAGACCCGAGUUAAAAAAUCUGGAUCCAUUUUUACUGUUUGAUGAAUUUAAAGGAGGUAGACCAGGCGGAUUUCCUGAUCACCCACAUCGAGGUUUUGAGACAAAGACCCAAACUAUCAGAAAAGUGGAAAGAGGAUAUAAUAAAAGGUACUUGCAAUUCCACCAUCUGGAGAUGACCACUGUCCAUGUUUUGUUGUGUCCAUCCGGGCAUCUCUACACACACCCUAACAUGGUAUCUUACCUCCUGGAGGGUGGCAGCAUGGCCCAUGAAGACUUCUGUGGACACGUUGGUCAGAUGAACCCAGGAGACCUGCAGUGGAUGACCGCAGGCCGGGGCAUUCUGCACGCCGAGAUGCCUUGCUCAGAAGAGCCAGCCCAUGGCCUCCAACUGUGGGUUAAUUUGCGAAGCUCAGAGAAGAUGGUGGAGCCUCAGUACCAGGAGCUGAAGAGUGAAGAAAUCCCCAAACCCAGUAAGGACGGUGUGACGGUUGCUGUCAUUUCUGGAGAAGCACUGGGAAUAAAGUCUAAGAUUUACACUCGCACACCAACCUUGUAUUUGGACUUCAAAUUGGACCAUGGAGCAAAGCAUUCCCAGCCUCUUCCUAAAGGAUGGACAAGCUUCAUUUAUACCAUAUCUGGAAAUGUGUAUAUUGGGCCCGAUGAUGCACAACAAAAAAUAGAGCCGCAUCACACAGCAGUGCUGGGGGAAGGUGACCAUGUCCAGGUGGAAAACAAGGAUCCUGAGAGAAGCCACUUUGUCCUAAUUGCUGGGGAGCCAUUAAGAGAACCUGUUGUCCAACAUGGUCCAUUUGUGAUGAACACCAAUGAAGAGAUUUCUCAGGCCAUUCUUGAUUUCAGAAAUGCGAAAAAUGGGUUUGAAAGAGCCAAAACCUGGAAAUCAAAGAUUGGAAACUAGUGAAGAGCACAAGAGCAGACCUCCGUGCUUUCUAGAAUUUUGCCUGUGGUGGCAUCCGUCCAUUCAGCAUUUUGACUUUCCAAAGCUGACUGAGCCGAUGCUUCUAAAAAAUUCCACUAAACUGAUAACAUGGUUUUUAUAGCAAUGCACACAAGAUAUUUCCUGGUACAUGCAAAUAAACCCAAUUGUUGCUUCUUUAAAAA